CUGUCAGAGAGGAAAAUGGCGGCGCCCUGUCUUGGAGUGGUUGUCCGUUCAAUGUGGCAGUUCAGAAACAUCAACAGGACAUCUACAACACUGCUAAAGGGUAUCCGACAUAUCUCAAGUAGCGGGCAGUGCAGUUGUGCCGUUAAACUUAAAUAUGAAACGCACAACCCCGCUUCUCAAUGGAAACUCUACGGUGCUGUGUGUCUGCAGAGACUACCCGUGGUCUCUCAAGAUCCGAAUCCCAUCGAACAGACAUUUAUAGAUCUCAUGCAUCAGAUGGAGCUGGAGCGGAGUCGCAUCUCGGACCACGAGCUGCGGCUGCUGGAGGACGCCGAGCGCAUGAGCCGCAAGCAGGACGAAGACUACGACGAGGAGGAAGAGGCCCUCGCCAACCAGGAGAUCGUCACGGCGCAGGACGACGAGGACGCCUGGGAGCAGAAGAUGAGACGCUUCCAGACAGCAGGACGGGACGCUGGGGCGGCCGCUGAGGACCUCGGCUCGCUGGAGCGUUGCCUGAGCGACAGCCUGGUGCUGCUGGUCCAGCAGGAGGCGGGGACGGAGAAGGUGUGGAUGCUGCCCCAGCUGCAGUGGAGCGCGGGGGAGACGCUACGGCAGACCGCCGAGAGGGCCCUAGCCGGCCUGCCUGGUACUGAUUUAAAGGGCCGGUUCCUGGGCAACAGUCCAUGCGGGGUAUACAAGUUUAAAUUCCCCAAAGGCGUUCAAACAGAGAGCUGCGUCGGAGCCAAAGUCUUUUUCUUCAAAGCCCUACUUUCAAGUGGCACCAAUCCCACAUCUGAGAAGGGUGCCUUUGUGUGGGUGAAAAAGAGCGAACUGAAGGGCUAUCUAAAGCCGGACUACCUGAGACAAGCAGACCGCUUCAUCCUGGACCUGUGAGAAGCCCGGCCAGGCAACGGUCGACAUGACAACAGGACGAGUGUUCCAAAGCAGGGCGCCAAAACAGGAAGAGCACUUUGAAGCACCUCUUAGGGAAGUGAGUCCUGGCCUACCACUCUCUCAGUAACUCAAAAUAAGAACAUUCAAAACAGACAUCCAUUUUAUAUGCUCUGGAUAAAAAAAAACAAAAACAUCUUAAAUCUGAUGAAUAGCCCAAGUUACAGUUGGAGAGAUGGCCAUGAAUGAGAGUCAAACUAGAGAACGUAAGAGUUAGAUGGCUUGUCUCUAGCCCUGUGAGGCAUAAGUUAUGACUAGUGAUAUAUACGACGAUAUAAACUGAAGCAGUUCUUUUUUAUUACUAUGAAAUGUGAAAUAAAAGUAUACCCUGUUUUUUCCUCCCAUCA